AAGAGCACAAGUAGAUCAUCGGCGACAACAUGCCAAAAAUUCGAUAAAACAACACUUGAAAACCUCUGGCAAUAAUUCACAAUCUUUCGUUUGAUUAAUCAUAAUAAUGACGUCGGUAAGAUGAGUACGAGUGUAACAGCCAGUGAACUGUCAUCCCGGCAACAGUGUCUAGAUGACCUUGAUGAGUUUAUAUCGUCAUGCCAACAACGCAUCACAGAUAUGCUUGAUAUGUUUGGGUGGACACCUGAACAUUUUAUGCAACCGAGCAUGUUGAGCACAUGCCCACAUAACAGUGACCAUAGAAUGCCACCUUCUGCCUUGGACAAGCAUACAUUGGUGUGUGAGCUGACUAACCAGGGAUAUACCAGGACUGAUGCUGAGAAGAUUCUUGAGGAUCGCUCAUAUUUUUACAAGGAUGCUGCCUGCGUAUACCCAGUUACACUAGACUUGGAGACACUGAAUUCCUGGCUAUGGAACCACCAUGUGAAGAACCAUUCAGUGUUCUAUGGCUACCCGCGUGUUCCACAGACAUCAGAAGAAGAGCAGAUAAUGUUGCCCCGAGAGGAUCGUGCCGCUCUUGCAGAGUAUGUGGUCCUGCGUGCACGUGCAGCUAACAGAUUGAAGGAGGUUGGCAGGGAUGAACUACUCGUUUCAGAGAACCUCGCUGACUUGAUCAAAAAAGAGACUGGAGAAGGAAGACACCUGGAUCCUGUAGAGGAGAUGGCCGCACUGCGUGACUACCGACGCAGACGCAAGACCUAUCGUGCCAAGAACGUCCACAUCACAAAAAAAUCACACACUGAGAUAAUGCGAGAGGUUAUCAAUAAUCAGAUGGACAUGUACAGUCAGUCUCUGCAGGAUGACCGAAGUGUUGACAGAGAAGAAAAGGCACUUGAAGAAACAGGUCGACAAUUAGAGGAGAUUUCUUCAUAUAGAGGAACAUCUAGUCAAAGGUCAAGGUCAACUGAAAGGUCAAGAGGCACACCAAGGCAACCCUCAAGGGCAAGAGAGUAUUCAAGACAGAGGUCAAAAGAUAGAUAUAGGCGUAAAUCUAGAUCUCCUGAUAGGCCAAGGCAAGGGUCAAGGUCAAGAGAAACAUCUAGACAAAGGUCAAGGUCUCCCUUAUUGUGUUCAACUCCAAGGUCAUUUGAGAGGCCUUUGUCCAGGGAGAGGCUAAACGAAAGGUCAAGAAGUAAGGACAGAGAACAGAGAAAACACAAGAAAAAACACAAGCAUCGAUCUAGAAGCAGGUCAAAGACCAAAAGCAGGGCAAAGAAGAAACACAAGAAGAAUAAGCACAAGUCAAAGGGAGAUAAAGAGGAACAGCCAGACAAAUAAUGAAGAGGAUAUACCAAGAUGUUUCUGUUACACGUAGGCUCAAGUUUCAAGAACCAAUUCUGUCAGUUCUGUUCCUCUUCUAGAAAUAAAGAAAAAUGUUUUGUGAACUCAAAAUUUAUUAUAUUCUCUAUGAAAAAGAUUAAACUGUUGUUGUAAAACUAUGGUCUACAAAUAUUUAUACAUGUGUAGACGCAUCUUGUUUUUAUUACUUGCUAUGUAGGUUGAUGAAGGCAAAUUUUUCAUUUAUGCCUCGUUUAGAACGUUUAAAUUGUUCUUACUAAUGUAAAGCGCUUGAGACAUAAUAAACUAGUUCACAUUGUUA